AUGGUGGACGUGUAUGGCGUAAGGCCGGACCCGGAAGCAGUAGAGGUUGUGUUGACAUGGAAGGCUCCAAGAACGGACACACAACUCAUGAGCAAUUAUAACCGUGAGUUCGUAAAAGGAUACACAGACAAGGUGUACCCCAUGCAGAAACUGAUGCGCAACAAAGGAAAAAAGUUCGAAUGGAACGAAGAAGCUCAUGCUGCCUUCGAGAAGAUGAAGCAGGAACUGUGCGAAGCGCCAGUACUAGGCAUGCCUACAGAGAAAGGCAUCCUCUCAUUGCUGGAUAAAAGGGUGCAGGUCACACGGCAAGUGAUGCAAAUGCUGGGUGAAUUUUUGGAGAGAGAAGUGACUGGAGAUGACCCCGAGUGGGCAGCAGCCAUGGCAUCGCUAACGAAAGAAGUAGUGAGGACUGAUCUUCAACCCUUCAGGCAAGAGACAGAACCAUUGGCGAAAAUUUGUUGCGUGAAGAUGGAAGAUGACACGCAACAGCCCGAUGAAACAAAUAGUCAUUUGAGGGUCAUGAAGACGUACUUGAAGGCGAGAUACAGACACUCAGACCUACUAAAGGGACAAAGAAAAGACCGCAUGACGAGUAACUUGAAAAGGCGGAUCGAAAUUGGAACACCAGACAAAGGUGACCUGGAGGAAGACAGUUACCGUAUUCUGAGACAGUACUUUAUGCAAAAAGAAGGAAGGUUAUAUCUGAACAAGGAGGGGAUUGUGGCUUGUAAGAGAAAAGAAGAAGACAAAGUCAAGGAUCCAAGGGAAUUGCGAUUUCCCUUGCAGUCGAUUGAUCCAUCUGAAUUCAACGAGGUCGUGCAGAUUGGCCACCAGAAAAUACUUAUGACAGACAGUGGCUAUAAUCAGGUCUUGGUCAUGAUAGACCGCUUCACGAAGUAUGCAGAGGCCUUACCCUGCAUAACUGCAUCAGCAGAAGAGACGUGCGAUCAUCUAAUCAAUACGUGGAUAGCGAGACAUGGUUGUCCGAUGACGUUUAAAUCGGCUAAUGGAACAGCUUUCGUGGGAAAACUUACAAAAGAGCUCAUUGGACGCUCACAGGUGGCUCAAGCUCUUUCCACGACAUACCAUCCCCAGACGAAUGGCUUAGUGGAAAGACAAAAUCGGACGAUUGUUCCAGAAGAAAUAACCGUGUCACAGGACACCGACAUAGUCGAUGACCAAAACGAGGAGUGGAUCGAUGACCGGUCUAAAGCUGAGGUAGAAUUCGACAACGAGCAACAGCGAUCUUACGAACAUGACUUGACGAAAUUGCGUGCCUUGAAAUGGCUGAAUGAAUUGACGUCGGACCCGAAGGAGGCCAGUGUCACGAUUCAAGAUAGAGAUUAUAAAAACAUAGAAUUCCUCUGGAAGCGAAGACCAGGAAUAGGAGGCAUAGUAGCCUUGCCCCCAGCGGCAUCGCAGAUACCGGGAAAGUAUUUAUGCUUCUUGGUGACGAGGGCGACGGAGAAGCGGCAUCUGGACCCGGAAAACCUUGUCUUGUCCUUGACGAGACUGGGAGACUUUCUUGAGGCAGUAUACGACCCGAACCGAGGACGACUGAGUCCACGGGAAUAA